AUAAAUAAAAAGGCAAGGCAACUGUGACUCACCCUAUCAAAAUUAAAAUUUAAAAAAGGAAUAAAACAAAUAAGUUAUUAACUGUUAAUGAGCCCAUGAACAAACUAUUCGGAGGAUAUACAUUUAAAACGACAGUUACAACGUUUAAUUAACUAUGGUACUUUUACCAGUAACUACUUGUUUCAGAUCCUCACAAACAGACGACCAACAUGCUCUUCGUCACUCUCGCUGUUGUGGUAGUGCUGGCCUAUCUUCUGAACCGCUGGUUUCGCUCACUCAAGCUCCAAGAAUUGGAGGGAAAAAACGUUCUUAUUACAGGAUGUGACACUGGCUUUGGGCACGAGCUAGCGAUACGACUAGACUCGAUGAAUUUUCACGUCUUCGCUGGAUGCUUAACCGAGAGUGGUCAACAGAACCUCAAACAACGUUGCUCAACUCGGCUGACGGUCUUUCCUCUCGACGUUUCCGACUCAAACAGCAUUCUGGAAGCUGAGAGAGGUGUAAGGGAGAAGCUGGUACAAAAGGGUUUGUGGGCUCUGGUAAACAACGCAGGAGUCACUGGACUGUUAGCGCCAGUUGAGAUCUGUACCAAGCAGGACUUUGAGGCGGCGAUAAAAGUGAACCUCUUAGGUCCCAUUGAGAUGACAAAGGCGUUCCUACCUGCUUUGAGAAAAGUUGGUGGCCGAGUGGUGAACAUGACUAGCUGUGCAGGACGUGUUGCGGCUCUUACUGCCCCUUACUGCGUCACUAAGUUCGGGCUUGAGGCUCUUUCAGACAUUCUCAGGUCAGUUUGGCUUGCUUUAGUACACGUAUCAGUUUUCAUGAUGGAAGUUACAAUACAGCAUGGAUUUUUCUUUAGCUUGUUACAACUCUCUCCAUUCUCUUCUCCAGUGCACAGCUGUAUGCAGUAUUUUAGCGACCACUCCUCCACGACAAUAGACCACGUGAUCGACGCCUACGUCCAUGCUAUCACAGCCAGAUACCCUCGGACGCGGUAUGUGGUGGGCAUCGAUGCUAAAUACGUAUACAUUCCUCUGAGUUUUCUUCCCGACUGGCUGACAGAUUUUUUAAUUUCGCAAUUCAAGAAAAGAAUAAUGGCUUGGGAUAAGUAAAUAUGUGUGUUUAUUUGUAAAUAAAGGGAGCGACACGUCUCUGAAAAUUGUCAUUCACCAAUAUGAAACAGGGUCAUUCUUUGUCAUAAGAAAUUAUAUUCAGAACCCCCCCCCCCCCACGGCCUCAAAAUUGUUCAAAUGAAUACAACCAGAGACUGAGCUGGGCGUUGUGUGUUGUGCUUUUGACAUUUCCUUUCCUCUGUUUUGUUCUGCAUUUCAAAUAGAACGGUUUGUGUGAAAUCCCAACGACAAAGUGAACAUAUUAUGAAGACUGUACCGUGAACCGAGGAGGCUUCUUCUCCACAGAAACGAACUCGGUAUUUCGCUCAUACGGGGAAAAAAAGACGUGAAGAUGCAUAUUUAUAUGUAAGUGCUAGAAAUGUUUAUAGUAACAAGAGUUUUGAUUUUGGAAGAACGAUGAAACGUAGCACGGUGUUUACAUUGACGAGAAAAUGUGAACUAUGUCCAUGUUUAAUUUCCUAUAUUAUUAUUAUAAAUAUAAUCUUUCCAUGACAGAUAACGGUGAGCUAUCGUCAAAGUGUAGUCGAAUGGAGAUGUAGAUGACUGUUCUUGUGAAUGUUAUAUCGCUUCCUCGUUUUGUGUUACUAAGACCAUGAGGUCAGAAACCAAAAGCUCUCUCUGCUCUAUCAAAAUCGUACGAAUAUUCGGAGUCGUUAUCAAAAUAUUCAGAGAAUUGCACUUUGAAAAAGUGUUACAUGAUACUGUGAAACUAAAUUUCUCAAAACUAGGUGCUGAGUUGAUAGAGCUUUGAAAAUAGCGAGAUGUCCCCGUAGACAUACCCUAGAUCACUAGGAGGCGGGCUGCUUCUUCUCGUCAUGCCAGAACCCAGGGACAAUCCUAGCCGAAAGGGAUACAACACACCAGUAGCCACUAUUGGAUUGUCGGUUAAAAACACUUUCCCACUGGGGAACCGAACUCAUGUACUCUAUGUACACCAGCGAAGAGUCCAACUACACCAUCACAGACUCCGAUGUGUCUGAAUGCAACAUCUUAGGAGAUGCAAGGGGAUAAUAUUCUAAUGCAACAUCCUCGGAGAUACAAGAGGAAUAUAAUAUUCUUAUUUAAAACAUAUACAUAUGCAUUAUAGUGAUUAUACUCGUAGAAUGCCGAUUGUUGUUCUUUAAUAGCUCUUUUUACUCUUUGGAAGAUUCUCUAUAUUUAUUAUAUUAUAAUACAAGGCGGCUCAAAUAAACACACAACCAGCAAUGGUGUGAAAUCUGCCAGUA